AGAUGGUCGGUGGGAAAGUCCUGGAGGAGACCUACAUGAGGUGGAUCCACUACAAAGACGAAUGUGUGAAGAUGAUUGACUAUGAGCCAUUUCCUCAAGGCUUGUUCUGUAACAGGACGUUUGACCGCUACGCCUGCUGGCCUGAUGGUCCUCCUGGGUCGGUGGUCAAUGUGUCCUGUCCCUCCUACCUGCCCUGGUUUGACAAAGUGUCUCAGGGUGUGGUGCGUCGGCGGUGUGGCUCUGAUGGCCACUGGGUGGAGGAGGAGGACGGGGAAGUCUGGAGGGACAUGUCUCAGUGUGAAGAGGAACAGGAAAUCACAUCUCAGGAGCUGUGGUUCAAGCAGUUGAUGGUGAGCUUCAGGAUGCUUUACACGGUUGGCUACACCCUGUCCCUCUUCACCCUGGUCUCAGCGCUCAUCAUUCUACUGAGUAUCAGGAAGCUUCACUGCACCCGCAACUACAUCCACGCAAACCUGUUUGUGUCUUUCAUCCUGCGAGCCGUGUCGGUGAUCGUCAAGGACACCAUGCUGGAGCGUCACUGGGGCCGGGAGAUCAUGAGACAGGCCGACCUGGGAGAAAUGCUGAGUCACAAGGCUGCCAUUGGCUGCAGGAUGGCCCAGGUGGUGAUGCAGUAUUGUGUUCUAGCCAAUCACUACUGGUUCUUUGGAGAGGCCAUCUACCUGUAUUCGGUGCUCAUCGCCUCCGUAUUAAUUGAGAACAACAAGUACUUGCCUUAUAUCUGCCUCGGCUGGGGAACCCCUCUUUUAUUUGUCCUUCCUUGGAUGUUGGCCAAGCUAUUGAGAGAAAACAAAGAGUGCUGGGCUGUCAAUGAAAAUAUGAGCUACUGGUGGAUAAUACGGUUCCCCAUUCUGUUUGCGUCACUGAUCAACUUAUUGAUUUUCAUGAAGAUUUUGAAGGUGAUUCUAUCCAAACUACGUGCCAACAAUCAGAAUGGCUAUCCUGACUACAAGCUUCGCUUGGCCAAGGCGACCUUGACCCUCAUCCCUCUAUUUGGCAUCCAUGAGGUCAUCUUCAUCUUCGCCACUGAUGAGCAGACCACUGGCAUCCUGCGCUACAUCAAGGUCUUCUUCACGCUCUUCCUCAACUCAUUUCAGGGAUUUCUGGUGGCUGUGCUGUACUGCUACUGUAACAAAGAGGUGAAGACAGAGCUUGCGAAGAAACUGCGAAGCUGUAGGAUGGAGGUGGAGGUGGUGUGCUGUGGACAGUGACUAACCGAGACAAGAGUAGAACCAUUCUCCAUCGCCACAGUUCCAGAGAACAAUGGAGCUUCUACACCACCACCAACAGGAGUCCAGCCUGAUAGUCCUCCAUCUCCGCAGGCUCAAAGUUCAAGACAGCAUGCUCGGAACACCUCCAUGACACCUGAGACUCUCGCUCAACUGCAUUGUCGUACCACAACGGCAACCCUAGAGAAGAGUACAGACUGCACACACCUAACUCCUAAUGAGACCACGGGGUCUAGUCCAUCUAUGCAGGUGUCAUUCCUCAUUCACUUAAACGACCCAAUUGAGUUACCUCCACAUGUUGUAAAUAUUUAUUCAGAUUAAAGGCCCAAAUGCAGCCAUUUUUAUCUAAUAUCAAAUCAUUUCUGGGUAACAAUUAAGUACCGUAGUGUAAUAGUUUGAAAUUAAAAUGUAAAACAAAAUGACAAAAAUAAUUGUUUUGCAAGCAAGAAGUUUCAGAGGUCUGUCUAGGAGUGGUCUGAGUGAGGGGUCUAAUUGGGGGUGCCUAAUGUAACUUGAAAACUAGCUGUUGGCAGAGAGGUUUGACACUUUUUUUGUUAUUGGUUUAUCAACUUAUACUGCCUGGGGAUGUCAUCAUGCAAGACAACUCCGCCCAUGCAAAACCUGCAGAUUAGAAGGUCCUGUGUAAAUUGUAUUUUCAACGGGCAACUAUCAGAAAGUUACACUGGUCACAUUUUUCCCACUUUUACAGUGUUAUUUUCAUCAGCUGUUGUACACUAUGAUACAAAACACAGGGAAAACUGAAAUUUGACUGCACUGGGCCUUUAAGUAAGAUAUUAUUUGUGUGUCACUCUGUUAAUGUACAGUAUUUGAAUGUAUUUCCAAAUGAUGAGUGGUACAGUGCCUAGUGAAAGUCUGCACAUCCAACUCCCCCCAUGCCUUAAAAGUACAUCUAAAAAGGGAUUCAAUAAAUACAAAUCCUGCCGAUCUACAUGACCUACUCCACAUUUUCAAAGUGAAAGAAAAUUAUGGAAAAUGUUCCACAAGAAAAAAGAACAUGUCUAAAUUACAUUUGUGUUCACACCCCAGAGUUACAGCUGGGAAUCAUUUUAAAUAAGAUCUAACCGGUGUGCCAAAUGGCUAGCUAGAUAGUAGCAUUUCAAUCUGUGACAUCACUUGUUCUGAGACUUUGAAGCAAUUGUUUCACUUGCUCUGCAAGGGCCGUGGCUUUUGUGUAGCGAUAGUUAACUAUGCUUCAUGGGAGGCAGUUGUUGAUGGUUUCAGAGGAUCCCUGGUAUGAGCCCAGGUUGGAGCAAGGAGAGGGACGGAAGCAAAGACUGUUACAUUUGCACAACUCUUAGGGCAACAUACACUGAGUUUACCAAACAUUAGGAACACCUUCCUAAUAUUG